CACAAGCCGACCCUAUGCGCACUCGCUAGGACAUGUCAUUUGCUCAGCGAACCCGCUCUAGACGCACUCUGGGAAGAGAUCCAAACGCUCGCUCCCCUAUUCUUGUCUCUGCCAAGGGAUCUCUUCGCCGAGGGUCACGAAACAGGAGUCCAAGGAACACGUAUCGCACACCGAAAUGCCUACCAUGUUCCUACAUACUGCCUUACUCGCGACAUCACACCUACUGACUGGGCUAUCUUUUGCAAAUAUGCUGCACGCGUCAAGGUUAUUACUAACGGGAAAUGCACCGAACACAAUCACCAACUAUGGGAUGACGAGUAUGUUUCAGUUAGGCUUCUCCUUGACACCAUAGGGCGCCUAGCAACUGAAGUACCAUCACCACUCUUUCCUCGCCUCAGAGUGCUGCAUUGGAGGAGCUCUGAUAGCCAUAUUUACCCCUUUCUCCGAGCCAUAGCAUACCCCUCCCUUGUCAGCCUCUCUAUCGAAAGAGGGAUAUCUCCCAGCCGCGACGCUAAACUUCGCGAGAACGCCUUUCCUGAGGCGCUUGAUUUACUUUCAGACUUGGGUAGGCUAUGCCCGAGGAUGCAGUCAUUCACAUGGCGGGACUACACUGGCGACAGUACACCCACAAAUGCUUUGUCGCGAGCUAUUUGCGACUGGCAGCACCUGAAAAUCCUUAAAAUUGGCAUUCCCCUGGCUGACACCGCCAUCGCGCACUUGUGUUCUCGUCCUUCUCUUAGUGUUCUGCAGAUCGAUCCCUACUAUCUCCAGUCCUCUGUCUCCAUGCUUGCACUUCCACGCGAUAGCCAACCUCUUGCUUCCAUCGACUCUUUCGAACUUAUUGAGGGAGCGGUACCGGAAGCGAGGUCAGGGUUUCACGACGCGGUCCGGCUUUUACAGUCCAGGAGCGGUCAUUUCUCAUCCCGGAGGUUUUCCGUCACCACGUACAGUAUUACAUCUAAGCCAGACAUCCUGAAUUUGAUGGAAACUUCAGCAGAGUGCAUCGCCAACAAGACCUUGACGUCCCUCGUUCUGCGUGAAAAUCUUGGUAUCCUGCGGGUGUUGCGGGGAAGCGAAAAAGACUACGCGGAUUUUGAUACCCACGCCAUCACUUUCACCACAUUGAAGCCUACCUUCUGCUUCGAGAACAUGGAAAGCGUGGUCUUGGAUCUGGAGCGCAAAGUCACCACCAACGACAGUGAGCUACUUACCAUAGCUCGGGCUUGGCCUCGCCUCCGGGUUCUACGCAUCAACCCUCGGCAUGGCUGGCCUGCGCCGGGGUCCCGCGUCACUUUUACUGGGAUGGCAGUCGUUCUGUCAGCAUUACCAUUCAUCGAAGACGUUGCGAUUGCAAUAGAUGGAACAACCGCUCCCCCUGGUGGUGAAGCUGGUGAAGCAAGCGUCACCGUCCCGGAUAGGACUCGCUGUGCUCCGUCGUCUCUCAAGUCCCUCGACAUUCUGAACUCGAGCGUUGGUGACAUAGCCAGCGACGCUGCCGUUUUCUUGCUUCGCCUUCUCGUCAAUGUCGAGUCCUGCAGGCUGCAGGCGUGGAUGUUAUUUGCUCCGCAAGUCAGAGGCGAGGGUGAAGCAAAGCCUGAAACGUGGUGGAGGGACGUUUUUGAGGCUCUCAAUGCCAUGCAUCCCGGAAUCAUUGCUUCUGCAGGGCGUGAUAUAAGUCCUGGUGCGCUCUCAUUGGUGGAUAUCGUCGAUUUGCUUCACGCCAACGCGUAA